AUUCCAAUAUUUUGUAUAUGGCAGCAAUUUCUUUCUAAUUCCUCAACAGAAACCAAAAACUCCCUGAGCUUUUUGUCUUCCUCUAGGUGGGGAGAGUGGAUUCUUGUUUAGAGUAUACCAAAAACACAAGCCCCAGCUUUUAGUGAGGUCCAUCACCAAUAACAAAAAAAAAAUACAAAGAUCAGAGAAGACACAUAGAAGCUUCUAUUAACCUUUUACAGUCUUCUGUUCAAAUGUCAAAUAUUUCAGGUGAUGAAGGAAGCUUCUCCUCAGGAAAUAAUGGAGAAGAAGUUCAUCAAGAAAGCCAGCAGCAACAUCUACAAAGCCAACUUCAUGACUCAAGUUCAGGACCAUCCGGUGCUUGCAAUAGCAAUGCCUCCUCUAAUCAACAACAAACCAAGAAGAAACGAAAUCUUCCUGGAACCCCAGAUCCUAAUGCUGAAGUUGUUGCUUUAUCACCAACCACACUAAUGGCAACAAAUAGAUUCGUGUGUGAGAUCUGCAACAAAGGGUUCCAGAGGGACCAAAACCUUCAGUUGCACCGCAGAGGUCACAAUCUUCCAUGGAAACUGAGACAAAGAACAAGCACUGAGGUGAAGAAGCGGGUCUAUGUGUGCCCUGAGCCAUCAUGCGUCCACCAUAACCCAGCUCGUGCAUUAGGGGACCUCACUGGCAUAAAAAAACAUUAUAGCCGCAAACACGGUGAGAAGAAAUGGAAAUGUGACAAGUGCUCCAAAAGAUACGCAGUGCAAUCUGAUUGGAAGGCUCACCAGAAAACUUGUGGCACUAGGGAAUACAAAUGUGAUUGUGGUACCAUAUUUUCCAGGAGAGAUAGUUUCAUCACCCACAGAGCUUUCUGUGACGCAUUAACUGAAGAAAACAACCGAGUGAACAACCAGGGAUUAACAAGUGGCAUGCCACCAAACUUACAAAGUCAAAUACCCGAUCUCAUGUCUACCAUGCCCCUAACCACUAGUCCCAACACAGCAUCCAAAUUCGGGGAAUAUGACCCUAAGAACCCUCUAAAAUCACUAGCCCAAGAACUUGUCCCAAUACCAUUCAAGUUCAUGAGCAUGGGUGGGGGUAUGUUCUCCACCAAUGCAGGUGCACUCUUUGGUGGCCCAAAAACCAUGUCUCCCUCUUCUUCCAGCCUCCAGCUAGGCUCCAGCACCUCAUCAAGCUUCAAUUACUUGCAAGACAGCGAAAACGGAGGACUAAUCGCGGCCUCGGCUCAAAUGUCCGCAACAGCAUUACUACAGAAAGCAGCACAAAUGGGUGCCACUGCAAGCAAUAGCAUUAACUCCCCAAUGAUGCAAAAAGGCUUUGUUAGUGGUACUACUACUGGUCCUGAUCAUGUUUCUUCCACUACUAGGCCACCAUAUUCUGGUGCUAUGCUUCAGCACAACAACUCCUAUGACCACUUCUCUCCACAGCCUGAUCUUUCCAGCAUGGCUGAGGUGAGUGGUGGAGGAGCAUUCAUCAAUCAGUUGUUUCAUAAAGGACAAGAGAUUUCGCAAGUUUUCGAUACUAACAAUCCCGGUUCUGCCAUGAAUGAUGUGGGAAUGUUCGGCCAAAUGCCAAUGGGGAGAGAUCAUCACAACCAAGGGUUGAUGAAGAGCGUGGAACAAGAAGUUAGUAAUAGUUCCAGUUUGAUGCAUGGAAGAGAUGUGAAUGAUGGUAACCACCCAAUGCAGCCAUCAACAAGGUUUGGAGGGAGUGACAUGACAACUGUUCAUGACUUUUUGGGCAUUGGUGGUUCAACUUCAAGAGUUAUGAAUCAUUUUCAUCACCAUUUUCCACACGAGGAUUCAACUAUAGAGGAACCCAUGUGGGAUGUUUGAAAUCAUCAGAUACUAAUCAUGUUGUGUGGAAUGCUUUAAUGGUUAGAAUUGGAUACGAAACAGAAUAUUUAACCAAUUUCAAUGCUGCGUUUACCUUUUGAAUCAA